AUGACGCUUCACAUUCCGUACUUGGCGGCGCUCACGACGUACAUCAGCUAUGGCUUCCUCUUCCUCUUCGGCCACAUCCGCGACACCUUCCGCUCGCUGCUUCCGCAGCUCAAGGACACGUUGAAGGGCUACGCACCCCUCUGUCGUGACUUUGAAGACUUCUACACUCGCCGCUUCUACUAUCGCCUUCAGGACUGUUGGAACCGACCCAUCGCCAGUGCGCCCGACGCAUGGAUCGACGUUGUCAACCGCGACUCGCAUGACAACAACCAGACCCUCGUGCGCAAGGACACGGUGGUGCGGAGCUUGAACCUGGGGUCGUACAACUAUCUGGGCUUCGGUGCGCCCGACCCCUACUGCACUCCGCGUGCCCACGACUCGCUGCACCUCUUCGGCUCCUCCACCUGCAGCAGCCGCACCGACGCAGGCACAACGCGGGUGCACGUGGAGUUGGAGCGGUGCAUGGCGGAGUUCAUCGGCAAGCCUGCCGCCCUCGUGUACGGCAUGGGCUUCGCCACCAACUCCCUCACGCUGCCCGCCCUUGUAGGCAAGGGGAGUCUGAUCAUCAGCGACUCGCUCAACCACUGCAGCCUCAUCGCGGGAGCGCGUGCGUCGGGCGCCGGCAUCAAAGUCUUCCAACACAACGUGCCGGAGAACCUGGAGCAGGUGCUGCGCACGGCGAUAGCGGAGGGGCAGCCGCGCACGCACCGGCCGUGGAAGAAGGUGCUGAUAGUGGUGGAGGGCAUCUACAGCAUGGAGGGCGAGAUCUGCCGCCUGCAAGAGAUCGUCGACAUCAAGCGCAAGUACAAGGCCUACCUCUUCCUCGACGAGGCGCACAGCAUCGGCGCGCUGGGCCGCACGGGGCGCGGCGUGUGCGAGGUGGCGGGCGUGGACCCUGCUGACGUGGACGUGCUCAUGGGCACCUUCACCAAGUCCUUCGGCUCCUGCGGUGGCUACAUCGCCGCCUCCCACGAGCUGAUAGCGUAUCUGAAGGCCACGAGUCCGGGGCAUCUGUACGGGACGGCCAUGGCGCCAGCAGCGGCGCAGCAGAUCCUCUCCGCGCUCAAGCUGCUGCUGGGCCACGACGGCUCCUCAAGAGGGCAGGAGAAGCUGGCGCAGCUGAGGGAGAACUGCAACUGGUUUCGAGGGGAGCUGCAGCGGCUGGGGCUGGAGGUGCUGGGCGACGAGGACUCGCCCGUCAUGCCCAUCAUGAUCUACCACCCCGGCAAGAUUGCUGCCUUCUCCCGCGAAUGCCUCAAACGCCAUGUGGCGGUGGUGGUGGUGGGCUUCCCCGCCACGCCCGUGCUGCUGGGCCGCGCCCGCAUCUGCAUCUCCGCCGCCCACACCCGCGCCGACCUUGAGUACGCCCUCAAGGUGCUGGACGAGGUGGCGGACCUGGUGGGGCUCAAGUACAUCCCCCCGCUGCCACCUCUUGAAGCCUCCCCCCACUCCUCCCCCACCAACGGCCCCAUCUCUUCUGGAAUGCCGGACGGCCAUGCCAAGGUCCAUGGGGGGGUGCUGGCUCAUGGGAAGGUGGAGUGA